GAGCAAGCCGCGAUUUCUCAAGUACCCCCAAACCCUAAAGAAGCCCUGCUCGUUCCGGGGCUGCCCGGCACCCCUGUGCGGGGGCCACCUCCCUCCCACCAGGGCUCAUGGCUCCCCCUUCUGGCUUGCAGCUGGUCAGUGAGAAGGUGGGAGGCGCCGAGGGCACCAAGCUGGACGAUGACUUCAAAGAGAUGGAGAAGAAGGUGGACGUCACCAGCAAGGCUGUGGCAGAAGUGCUGGCCAGAACCAUCGAGUACCUGCAGCCCAACCCAGCCUCGCGGGCCAAGCUGACCAUGCUCAACACGGUGUCCAAGAUCCGGGGCCAGGUCAAGAACCCCGGCUACCCGCAGUCCGAGGGCCUCCUGGGCGAGUGCAUGGUCCGCCACGGCAAAGAGCUGGGCGAGUCCAACUUCGGCGACGCCCUGCUGGAUGCCGGGGAGUCCAUGAAGCGCCUGGCCGAGGUGAAGGACUCCCUGGACAUCGAGGUCAAGCAGAACUUCAUCGACCCGCUGCAGAACCUGUGCGACAAGGACCUGAAGGAGAUCCAGCACCACCUGAAGAAGCUCGAGGGCCGCCGCCUGGACUUCGACUACAAGAAGAAGCGGCAGGGCAAGAUCCCCGACGAGGAGCUGCGCCAGGCGCUGGACAAGUUCGAGGAGUCCAAGGAGGUGGCCGAGACCAGCAUGCACAACCUGCUGGAGACCGACAUCGAGCAGGUGAGCCAGCUCUCGGCCCUGGUGGACGCGCAGCUGGACUACCACCGGCAGGCCGUGCAGAUCCUGGACGAGCUGGCCGACAAGCUCAAGCGCAGGAUGCGGGAGGCCUCCUCGCGCCCCAGGCGGGAGUACAAGCCCAAGCCCCGGGAGUCCUUCGACCUCGGGGAGCCCGAGCAGUCCAAUGGGGGCUUCCCCUGCGCCGCGGCUCCCAAGAUAACAGAGAAGCCGGCCCGGACCCCCAGCAGGAGUGUGCCGCCCCUGGACCAGCCGAGCUGCAAGGCCCUGUAUGACUUCGAGCCCGAGAACGACGGGGAGCUGGGCUUCCGCGAGGGCGACCUGAUCACGCUCACCAACCAGAUCGACGAGAACUGGUUCGAGGGCAUGCUGCACGGCCAGUCCGGCUUCUUCCCCCUCAGCUACGUGGAGGUGCUGGUGCCGCUGCCCCAGUGAAGGCCCCGCGCACAGCGCGCCCACGCCGCCUCCCCCAUGUCGGCUCCGCCCAGGCCUGACCGCGGGGCCACACUAAGGUGCUCUCAAACACUACGGACUCCAGGGAGCCACCCCCAGGGGCCCAGCUCCACCCUGCGUGAGGCCGGACCCCGCCCGCUGCUGGCCAUGGGCCCGCUGCUCCUGGGCUCCCCGCCGCUGAUGCCAGCCACGGGCUCCUCCGUCCCCCUCCCCCACAGGCCCCCAGACACCGGCACCCCCGAGCCCACCCCCUCCCCCGCUGAGCACCUACUCAGCUUUUUAAUCUCCCCGGCCCCAGCCUGGCACACGGGGGUCUGCCUCUGGCCCAGCUGCCCCCCCGGGACCACGCCCCACCGUGCCGCAGGCCCACGAGUGACUGUCCCCGACCAAGGCAGGCGGCUCUCACCCCGAGACCGCCCGGACCAGCAGGGCCCAGCCCUGCACCCCCCUCACCCAGCACCUGGCUAAGGGGCCCUCGGACCUUGCGCCCCGCGCCCAGGGCAGCAGGCUGGCGGGCGGGGUUGUACUCCUGGCUCCUCUUUUUAAAAAAGUAUUAAAUGUCUCUUUCUACACCCUCCGCCUCGUUCCCGCGCGGGCCGCCCCCGGCGCAGGGCACCACAGACA